GCACAGCCAAGCCGUCUACUACCUGUUUGCCGGUCCCUCCCCUUAUGAAACUGGUCGGGCCGCUUUCCCGGGUCUCUCUCACCUGGGCCACUCCUCCUUCCUGCCCGGGCCGCCUUCCCCGCUGUCCUUCCUCGCCCUCUUCCUCCCUCCAUUUCCCCGGACGGGGUUUUGCCUGGAAGGGCACCGUCCCGGCUCCCCUCCUCUUCCUGCCCUCCCGGGUUGCCUCGCUGUGACUUGGGAGCUUUUGCGCCGUCCAAAAUCUCCCACCCACCACCCCACACUUUUGCUUUUUUGCAGCGCCCUUCCCGAUCCUGAAGCUCGCCCCGCUCCUCCCUCUUGGGAAGCAGCCCCGACGUGCCGCGCGGCCCCCCUGGACGACGGGCGCCGCCGAUCCCCGGCCAUCAUGGGCUCCCCCUCGGGGCUGGGCCGCUGCCGGCUGGCCUUGGCCUUCGCGGUGCUCAUGGACGCCGCGGGCACCGGGGCGCUGCUGACGGGCAUCUUCGCGCGGCUGCGCCUUCGGGGCCGCGACUUCGGCGACCUGCUGAUCUACUCGGGCGCCGUGCUGGUCUUCCUGAGCCUGCUGGGCUGGAUCAUGUGGUACACGGGCAACAUCGAGAUCGCCCCCGAAGAGCUGGCCAGGGACUACGGCGCCAAGGGCGGCACGCUGGCCCGCCUGGCCAGGAAGAUCUCGAGGACGUGGUCCCGGCGCCAGGACACUCGGCUGGCCAUGAGGACGGUGCAGAGCAGCCGGGAAGCCGCCUAGACGAGGUGUCCUGCUUGCCAUUAACUGGAGGAUCUUCUGGCCCACUUGCGGGAUGAAUGAAUGGACUCGCCAGGUUGGAUGAUGUUCUCCUGGGACUGGACCUGACCUUUGACCAUAUCCCAGGAAAGGGAUAUUAGACUCAUCUCUUCGCCAGCUGCGCCCACCUUCAUCCAGUAGUAUCUGUGUGGGUUUUGCUUUACAUACAUUUCAACAAUGCAUUCCUCCCCCCAACCCCA